AUGCCGCGCGAAAUUAUUACGCUGCAAGCGGGCCAAUGCGGCAACCAAAUAGGGUCCCAGUUUUGGGAGAAUUUGUGCCGUGAGCAUGGUAUAGCGCAGGAUGGUACACUGGAGGAGUACGCAUCGGAAGGCCUUGCAGAAGACCGCAAAGAUGUGUUCUUCUACCAGGCGGACGACGAACAUUAUAUUCCCCGCGCAAUUCUAGUUGAUCUUGAGCCUCGAGUGAUCAAUAACAUAAUGACAGGCCCAUACAAGAGCUUGUAUAACCCUGAGAAUGUAUACAGCAACCAGUCCGGGGGCGGAGCGGGCAAUAACUGGGCGCAAGGAUACGCAGCGGGCGAGAAGGUUGCCGACGAGCUGAUUGAGAUGGUCGAUCGCGAGGCGGAUGGCAGCGAUAGUCUCGGCGGUUUUUUUCUGUUACAUUCUAUUGCAGGGGGUACAGGGUCGGGGCUCGGUUCGUUUUUGAUGGAACGUUUGAACGACGCGUUCCCAAAAAAACAGCUUCAAACAUACAGUGUAUUUCCUAACUCGGAAGAAACGUCGGAUGUGGUGGUGCAGCCGUACAACUCUGUGCUUACAAUGAAGCGCCUUGUGAACAAUGCGGACAGCGUUAUCGUGCUGGACAAUGCACAACUCAGCCGCAUUGCGAGCGACAGACUGCACCUGCAGAACCCAUCGUACAGCCAGACCAACCAGCUUGUAAGCACAGUUAUGAGCGCUUCGACGACAACACUGCGCUACCCCGGCUACAUGAACAACGACUUGGUAGGAAUCCUCGCGUCGCUAAUCCCCUCGCCGCGCGCGCAUUUCCUUAUGACCUCCUACACACCAUUCACUUCCGACACGGUGGAUCGCGGCAAGGACACAAUGAAAACGACGGUGCUUGAUGUGAUGCGUCGUCUUCUGCAGCCCAAGAACAGGAUGGUGAGCAUUUCUGGGGCAAGCAAGUCCAGUUGCUACAUGUCGGUCAUGAAUAUUAUCCAGGGCGACGUCGACCCGCGCGAUGUGCACAAGAGCCUGCUUCGGAUCCGGGAGCGGCAUUUGGCGAGCUUUGUACCGUGGGGCCCUGCAAGUAUUCAAGUCGCGCUUUCGCGCCGCAGCCCGUACGUGGCGAGCUCACACCGUGUGAGUGGCUUAAUGCUUGCAAAUCAUACGGGCAUUGCGGGUCUGUUCAAACGCACGGCAGACCAGUACGACCGUCUUCGCAAGCGCAAUGCAUUCCUAGACAUGUACAAACGUGAAUCGUUGUUUUCUGGUGAUCUUACUGAAUUCGACGAAGCACGCGAGACAGUAGCCGAACUCAUGGCCGAAUACCGUGCGGCGGAACACGCAGACUACAUUACCGGACCCGAUGCCGCGCCGUAG